GUAAUUUGGUUCACCAUCAUUUCUUAAUCUGGGAUCCAUCAAUAAAUUCAACGUAGUUUCCAUUUAAAUAAUAUUUUCCAAUGUAUACCAAACAUUUAAAUCCGAAGAAAAAUAAACAAAGAGUCGUUGACGAGGAUGGCUUUGUGCGACGGGUUGCAGCUUUAUGUACUCAUAAAUCUAAAAAGACAAAGUUGUUAUUGAUAACAAGUAAGUCAUCGCAUGCCAAAUGGAUAAUUCCUGGUGGUGGCAUAAACCUAAAUGAAACAGCUGAAGACGCUGUCUUGCGCGAGGCAUACGAAGAAGCUGGAGUCAUUUGUGAUAAUGCUACAUAUUUGGGAGUUGUCGAAGUGAUUUCGAGGAACUGAACGCAAUGAAACGUACAGACGUUUUUUCCUUGGAAGUAAUAGAAACGUUGGAUGAAUGGGAAGAAUCCAAAGCGAAUAAUCGUCUUCGGCAAUGGUUUUCCAUUCCUGAGGCGUAUGACUUAUUAUCUAACUAUCGACCCGAACAGAUUGCUUGCCUUGAUCUACUUCGAUAAUCUCUUUAACAAACUUUCUCGGAGCGUUAAAUUCGUAGUCUGAAGUUUAGAUUCUUAAAAAUUGAAUAAAAUUUGGAUUAUCAGUGACAGUGAUGAAUGCAACCAUUACGAGAUUUUCGCUAUGACU